AUGGAGGACAACGAAGUGGAUAAAUGGGCACUUACUUAUGAUAAAUACAUUCAUUUAUUAUACCAAUUCCGUUCAGUAAAAAAUUUUUCAUCGGAUAUAGUAAACUUGGAUGAUAUCCUUGCGGAAGCAAAUUUUACUGAUACUGAGAAAAAAAACUACUACAAGGCUUUUGAUAUGCUAUUAAAACAUAUACACCAGGAUGGUGUUUUUAUGAACGGUAACAACCCAGAAGCUUGUAAGUAUAUUAACUACAUACUAUACAAAGAAUUACAAGUACAACAUGCAAUUAAACAUAGCUAUGACGAAAAAAUCGCUUCACUUUUCCGAAAAUUUUCAGAAGUAUACGGAGAAAAAUAUAGCAGGAAGAAUAGGUGCACAUCUAACAUUUAUAGCAUAAAUGAUCAAACGUAUAAUAAGAUAAAUGCAUUAUAUGAUGUGUAUGAUAAAUAUUAUAAAUGUAGUUUCUUCCGUGACAAUAAUGUUUUUAGUGGUUGUGGUACUUUUGAAGAUUUUUUUUUCUCAUAUGAUAACUAUAUGCGUAAUACUCAAUCUAAAAGUGUAGAAUUUAAUGAAAUAUUACGGAACAUUGAACAAAAAGCUAAUGCUGCUCUUACGAAAUAUAAAAUAGGAUGUGAGUUCUAUAAUAAAAAACCACAGAGUCCACAACUAUUUGAACCUCCCCGUGCACAAAUACCUGAAAUUCAUAACAAAGGGCAAACGCAUGAAACUAGAUUACAUUCUGUAGAUAGUACAUCACAAACACAUUUAUCUAAAGAUAUAUCCACAUCACAACCAGAACAAGAUAGUGAAAGAAGAGACGAAGGAGAUAGAGCACAACAUGUCCUUAGUGCAAGUGUUAUCCAUAGUGAAGAUGAUGACCAUGGUUCAAAUGACAUACAUCGGGCUAUCUUACAAAAUGAAACAGCAUAUCCCCCUAUGAGGGAAGAUGAGGGRAAAACACAAAGGUUAUUAAGAUCUCAACCGCCCUUUAGACAUUUAUAUCCUCCAGGAACAUCAUUAUAUUCUAGGCAUGAUGGACAUAUACAGGAUCAAGCUUUUUCAAAGGAGGUAGAAUUGUUCCCAACAUCAUUCAUGAAUACUAUUACUAGCACUUUAAAAAAUGUUGAUCCCGUACCUGUCGUUGGGGUAUCUGGUGGGAUGGGUGUUUUAUUCUUACUUUUUAGGUAUACUCCAGUUGGAACCUUCUUUAGAGGAAGAGGAUACAGACAACGAAUCCCUACUAGAUUCGAUGGAGUAUAUCCUGGAUUUUACCCAGGUUUUGAAGGAUUUGAAGAAGGCCAUCUUCCAAAUAAUCAUAUUAAUAUAGCUUAUGGGCCUGAAUAG